AUGGUAAAACCUCAGAAGGUGAAAGUGAUGUUGAAAAUGACAGAUAGAACAAUGAUCUCUGCUACAGCUAUAGAAGAUAUGAAGAUUCCAGUGAAAGAAGUGAAUAUACUGUUAAAUAAUGUCUGCUAUAUUCUGAAGUUAGAAGUGAAUCUCAUGAGUAUGACAAGAUUAAAUGAGAAUGAUAUCUAUGAAAUGGAAAGGCUGAUUAUAUACAGAGACUUGAUUCAAACUUACAAUAAUGCAAUGGCAUCAAAAGCUAGAACAUCUAAAUCCCGCGAAUAUUGCAAAAAUAGUGGCAGACUCACAUCUAGAGAUGAGAAUUAUUGGCUAAUGAGCUUUACCAUUCUGCAAAGUCUGUGUUCAGGCAAAAAUGACAUGUUCAAUCUUCGCAUCUAUGACAUGAGCUGUCAAGCUGGCAAUGAGAUUCUUCAUUGA